AUGUGUCGAAUAGACCCUGAGGUGAGUCGGCUGCUCAAUCCCGAAGAGAACCGGCGUCUUCGGGACUAUCUCCGUCCCUACCGUGUGCCACGAGCCUUUUUCGUGCUACAACUCUACAAGCCCAACUGUCAUGGGGGCUGGCAACGCUGUCACACAGGAGUUGCUACCAUAGAGCGGGACGAUCGUGAGCACUUAUAUUACAUCCGCCUUUACGACCUGGUGAGGAUGUCGCAACUCUUCGAACAACGCAUCUUCAUAGAGAUGGGCUACAUCGCACACACAGACAAAUUUGCCAUCCUCCAAGGCGACGACUGUGCCCUUGGUUUGGCCUUUGUGUCUCCCGAGGAGGCGACAGUUUUCAAUCGUGUCCUCACGCGUGUUAUUGGCAAAUUCAUGAACCGCAUGAAUGAUGUCGCGGUGGCGUCGACUAAUGGCUUAGGAGCUCCCAACCUGCCUCAGUCGAAUUUGAGGCCCGUCAAUAAUUCAGCUGCUGCUACGCCAUCAUCCAUUUCGCACACCUCGAGGCUAAGGGACAAUUUUAGAAGUCUUCGAAAGAAGACAAAAUCAAACAAGUCAGACCUCAUCAGCAAUCCUUUCGGUUUCCAACAUGUUCAACACCUGGGCUUCAACAAGGAGUCGCAACAAUUUGAUGCUGUUGGUAUGGAGGACGACCUCUUUCGAGCCUUCCUGGAUUUGGGUGGGCUCAGAGAACAGGUGAAAACGGAUGCCGAUAAGGAGUUCGCGCUGAACUACAUCAAGGAGACUCUUGGCAUGGAGGAGUUCGCAAAGGCCAUGAAGCGUCAGAAACCAAUGCAUCCUGCGCCGGCACCACCAAAAACAAAUUUCAACCAAAUUGCUCCCCCGACCCCUCCACCGGUGCCAAUGCCGCGCGCUUUUCCAUCGAAACCGAGUGUACCUCCUCCGCCCCCUCCCACUGGGAUUCCCUCUCGUCCCAGGGUUCCUCCACCGCCACCACCAUCGCGAGUCCCUGUGAGUGGGAGUAGAGUUGGUGGUGGUGCAGUCCCGCCUGCGCCACCGCCACCACCACCACUUCCUCCCCCGGCCCCUUCCGGACCGACAACCGUUUCCUCUGGUGGUGGCGGUGGUGCAUUGAAACCCACCACCGUCAUUCCUUUGUCAAUCACGGACGAGAUUAAGUCUUUCAAUAAAGGAAAACUUAAAACCGCUGAGACGGAGGCAGAGUCAUCGCCACUUCCAUCAGCGAACAACAAUCGAGGCAAUUUGGAGGCGUCAUUGAGUGACGCGUUGAAUAAACUACUCUCACAGCGACGACAAUAUCUUUCGGAAGAUGAGGAUGAUGACUCGGAUUCCUUCUAA